UCAUGAUCUGGGUAGUAUAAGCUCUUGAAAAUCCGCGAUGGUGAGCCUGUCGAAUGAAAACCGACGUUCUGGCGGUUACUUUUUUAAUGAUGAAAACAUGAUUCAGGGUCGGGAUGGUGAUGAACCUCUCCUCGAUAGCCCCACUUAUACAACAGAACUGGACCGUCCUUUCCGGGUCAUCAACACAACCGCAGCCAUUGUCCUGCAUAUCCUAAUUCUGGUUGUGGCAGCCAUAUUAGUACUGGCAUUAGACUCCAUAUAUCACAACAGAACGGAGGCGAUCAUAUAUUACAUCCAGGGGGCGCUGUGGUUCCUACAUCUAGCUUUUGACAUGUUUUACCGACACUGCCACAAGAAGAGUCGUCUCCAUGGAUACUUGGAGUUUUACAGACAGACCAGACUUGUGCGUCAGCUGCCACUGGCCAUCAACUCAGCAGUUAACGCCGGGUUGAUCAUAUUGGCCAGUGUGGCGAGAAGGGAAGGCUGGACACCAGAUACGGGGAAACACAACAAAGUCUGGCAUCUCUGUCUUCGUCUUAUAGUCGUCAUCCACAUUGUAAUCAAACUCAUUGUUCUCAUCCUGUACCUAGUGAAGACUGUGAAAUUCAACAAAAGCAAGGUUUCACCUGAUGUUACUCAAGAAGACAUGAUGGCCAGCUUUGUACAGUCUACUCACUCCUCCGAGAUAGGAUUCAGAGACGAGCAAUAUACUGAACAAGUAUUGGAGAAACAGGCCGAUAUGAUACGGUACCUGAAGCAACACAACGCUCAGCUGGGGAAACGUAUCCUUGCACUUACAGCCGAAAACCACAACCUCAAGGGAGGUAAUAGCUGAGUGAUUCGAUGCUAACAGGAUGACUAUUCUGAGAUUAUCGAACUCUUACUGAGGAUAAACAGUUUAUUUCUGGCGAAAAAAUUAUUUUUUCCUCCAGGCAUGGCUACUGUCUGCUGAAAAAAAAAACACUGAUUGGACUGUCACCCGUACGUGGGGAAUUGUCAAGGUUUCAUCAAGUUUAUCUUCACAGAUCAAAAUAGAACAGCUCGGUCCGAUUGACAGUUAUAUUUUGACUUUCAGUACUGUUGUUAGUGGUGAAUAAUGGAAUCUUACUUUUCUAUGGACAGGGAUAUAUCUCAUCCUGAGUGUAAGAGUUAAACUUGGGUUGGGAUAUCCCUGUCCACGGAAUAGACGUAUUCAUGUAUUAAUAUUAUUCUCAUAUACCGUAUUUAUUCUGAUAAACGCCCCGGGGGCUUGCAAUUUUUCAUUGGGGGGAGGGGGAGUGUUUAAGAGGGAUUGGGCGUUUAUUCGAAUAAAUACGGUACUUAUAAAUAAAAUGAUUUCAUUUGCAAUAUGAAUCUAGUUCAACUCUAACAAUGGUGUCCUGUUGACAAUUCCUUGUUAGGGUGUCACAGUAUGUGACAGCUACCUGUUCCUGUGUUAUAUAGAGUUUUCUCUUACCCUGAACAGGGAUAUCCACAAUUUUACUGGUGUGAGAUUUCCUUAUAUCACAUCAGGUUGGGACAAGCUACACAUGCUCUUUGUACGUCAACAAUACCAUGACGUCACUUUAUUUCUAUUUAAUCUCUUCCCUCUCAACGACGGGAUCACUCUCUGGAGUAUGUGAGAAUAAAAGUCCUCCAAGAAAGAGGAUAAAAUUAAUAGUAUGUAAUGAGAUUUAUCAUUAUUAUAAUGACACUAUUUCUGUUUAAGCUCAAGAACAAAUUGUAGAAACUAAGUCUUAAUGGUUUUUUUGUCAAGAAGAAGUGUAAAAAUGCUUUUUCAUUAGGCUUAAGAAAUUGAGCACAGAAGUUGUUGAGAACAGGUUUGAUUGUAAGGAAAGGACAUAAAACAUGAAAUAUCAAUAUUAAAAACAUUACAAUGAUAUUUUGUGUCUAUUUAGGAUCUCAAGUAUUCAUUUUGAAAAUAUUACACUGAUAUUUUUUUGUCUAUGUCAGCACAUUUUGAGUGUUCUCUUUGAGAAAUGAUGUUUCUUUUCACUAUAGAACUCAAUAACUCAUAUUACAUUUUGUAUAAAUUCUUUGUAUUUACUAUUACACAAUUUGUAAUUAUGUAUGUAUAUAUCAAUGUGAAGUUAUUUAAGUCUGUGAAUUGUUUAAUUGAAUAUGACAAUGUGCAAAUGUUCCAAUGAAAGCCAUGUUAGAUGUUGUCCCUGAAGUUAAUUAUAUAUCCAUGUACCCUGUAUGCGAUGAUUUAUUGUUCAUUAGAUAUUUAACUUCCAGUAAAAUAUUGUGCUGUACUGCAAAUAAGCCUAUUUAAGCAGUCAUCUUAGUUAGCCUGCAAUGAGUCAAUUUAUACAGUAAUCAGACUUCAGUACAUUGUUGGCACAUCCUUUUCAAGUUUCCAGCUUUCAACUGGAGUAUCCUGUUUAUUUUGGUACCUGUUAAUUCAUCUUCGCUAGCCAAGGCUUCUGAUUACGUUACACUCCACGAACCCUUGGCAGAUAUAGGCGUCAGUUCUGGCCCUCUAGCGGAGAUUCGAAAUU